GCAAAGUUUCACUACUCUCACUCAAUAGGAAAAGAUGGCAAAAUAAUAUAAUCUAAAAUAUACGUAGAAGCCUGCAAGUAUUCAUGUGUCAAGUAUAUAAUAAUUAUGAUGAAGUUGCGGAGGUCGAGCACGAAUGAAGAAGAGGGAAAUCAAAGCGGCAAGCGCUCCGAGAGGGACCAACGGAGAGGAGGUGAGCUCUGCAAUGGAGGACGGCUACUUCCUGUUCCUGCUGAAGUGACCCACAGGUCUGAGGAGGAGCGAGAAACAGAGCCAGGGAGAGAGAGGGAGAGAGAGAGAGAGAGAGUGACGGCUGAGGCCAGCCAGUCACUGGAACAACAGCCUGAUGGACGGUUAAGCAUUUGGAGGCGUGCCAGAGAAGCUCAGACAGGCCACCUUAAUCCUGAAGGAUUCCAUUUCCUGCAACCAAAGAGUCCAAAGAAAUCAAGCAGAUCUUUGCAGUUAAAGAGGAUGAGGAAAAAGAGAGAAGAAAAAAAAAUUGACAUAAAAAAACAUAAAAAGGCAUGUGGAGCGGAUCAGCCCAGGACAUCUGCACACCAGCCGCAGCACGAGAGCACUGUGUCCAGAGGGGAGGUUUCCAACAAUGCAGCAGUUCCAGCAGGACCACCAACAGCCAGGCCAAUUAGUGGCCAUUGUCUAGUGCAGUAGUGAGCUCUGAGCACAGAGACCACCAGGAUGGAUCCUUGAUCCGACCCCCUCACCGGCAAUCUUCAGCCUCUCAGUGCAGCUCCUUGUGCGUUUGCUACCUCUUCCACACUCUCCGUUAUUUCUCCAUAGAAAAUCCUCACAUAGUGCUUUAUACUGCAGAGUGAAGGUUUGUUGAAAUAUGUGGUGUUCGCCCUAUUACCGUUAGCCAGUAGGUCCUAGUCACUUCAGUGUUUUGUAGCAGGAGCCUCACUCUUUUCCUCAUUCCUUCUGCCGCUCACCCACACACCCACUCAUUCAGCUUCACUUUCACACAUGUUCUUCUCUCUGUACUAUUUUUUAGUGUUAUUUUGCCAUCUCAGCUUUUCUUUCCCUCCUCUCCCCUCCACUUACUCUACUCCCCACUCCCUUGCACCAUCUCCAUUUUUCUCUUGUCCUGUCCUAUUACUAGCUGCUCCACUGUGCCCUCUUCUGUGGGGUCACAGGUGCUCCUACCGCCUCUCUUCUCAGAGGCCUCUCCUCCUCUUUCAUCUGUCCAUUUCCAGGUUAAGAGCCCAGUGGCUGAGAGGCUUGCUAGAUUAGUGGCCUUUCAUUCUCUGCCUGUAGUACAUACACACAUGCGCGUGUGUGCGUGCACACACACACACAUGCACACGCACGCACACACACACACACAAACACACACACACGCACGAACAUGCACAUAAAUGAUCUACUUUAAUGUUUUCACAAACCUAAAAUGCUGCUAAUGCCUUGUAAUUUAUGAGAAAACUACUUUAAUUUCUAGUAACAUUGUAACUGUGAUAUAUUUCGCAUGAUAAUUUGCAAGGUUACAGUUUAGCGGCAUGUAUUGCUUUUGCUCUCUUCACCUCCAUCCUUUUUUGGUCCCUUCUCCCACCAGUGCUAUUAGAGAGAGAGUGUCAGAAAAGUGCAUGCUUUCUGUUGCGUGCCGUCUGAGCCACUGGCCUGGCAAGUGAAAACGAAUGUUCGAAAGGUUGUGCUUUAUAUUUAGCCAAGGAGGUGACCUCAGAGUGGCUUAAAAGGGCUCACAGACCUAAAGGUGCAUUGCAAGUCUUACACUAAUUCACUGUGAUAGCUAAAGAGCUCAGCACAGACCAGUGGAGAUAGCAGACCCCAGAGGAUCAGUCAGAGGCCACUAUGUGGUCAGUACACAUUACUUAGCAUAAAUAUUGAAUUUAGUAAAGCUGUUAUGUUGAAUAAUGUGAGAACUGUUUGUACAGUAUGUUGUUCUGAUAUGAAGAAGGUUUUAGACUUAUUUGGAUUUAUAAAUAAACUUUUUUAAUCA